CUGUUUACAUUAGAUUUCGCAUGUAGAAUUCAACAAUCAGUCGCGAAUUUUACGCAAAGUAAAACAUGAAAUGCACGUAAUGUUUUCGGAAAUUCAUAUUUUUUUCUCGGAAAUACAUAUAUGCAAAGUGAAUAUCGCGGUCAAAUAUUAAAUGUUAUGUUGUACGCGUCUUUGUGAAGUUUGUAUAUUAAUAAUUAACCUGCGGAUUUCAGGCAAGAUUGGUGAAGUUCUAAUUCUUGUGUAUUUUUUCACGGGGGUUCUACAAUGGUGUUACACGAGUAAUAAUGCCGCUCAGUAGAAUUCGCUCUACGGCCAUUUGGUUCUCUAGAAAACUUGGUUGCAGACGGAACGGUGUCCAACAAACGGAAGCAGAAAACGCUGCAACCCGAGACAUGACGGGUCUGAGCUCCCUUAACACGCGGUGCCUGCACACGAACGACAAGCGUCUGCUGCGGAUCCUUUUGGCCGCCGCCUGCCUCUCCCUCUUCCUGCAGAAGACUUUCUUCGAGCCGGAUCCUGGUAUCGCCAUCCGGAAAUCCGAGAGCGUGUUGGAUGCAAGAGUGUUCUUCACCCCGAAUCGCACGACUGUAUCUGCAGGUCACGAUCUUACCGUUGUCACCGCUUUCUUCGACAUUGGCCCCUUCGAAAAGGGGUCACCGGGGAACUACUUCACGCGCACGAAAUAUUACCUGUGGUCGAGGUCACUCAUGCAUAUCCAAAAUCCUCUGGUUGUGUUCACUGACUCGGAACGGUUCGCGAGUCAUAUGAAGGAACAGCACAAUCGUUCUAUGGAGAAUGUGCGCAUCAUUCUCCUGAACAGAAACUCUUCGUGGGCUUUCAAACUUCGAAAUCAAAUUGAGGACAUUUUUAACUCCCCGGGCUAUCCGAAACAUCUCCCAAAUACGGUCAAUGCAGAGUACGCAUGCGCGCAACUUGCCAAGUAUGACGUCAUGGCACGCGCGGCGCGAGAUAAUUAUUUCAAAACAAGAUAUUUUGCGUGGGUCGAUGUCGGAUAUCUUAGGGAAAGUCGUCUGGAAUCCAAAUUCUACAUGAAGGCGCCGAAUGGCUUUGAUGACAAGAAAAUAGCAAUGGGUUUGAUAAACUCAUCCCUUUCAAUGUCUACGCCUGUAAAUGAUAUUUUCAAGGAAAAUAUGGUGUGGGUUGGUGGCGGACUAUUUUUGGGCGAAAAAAGCGUCAUAAUACAACAUGAAAAACAGUUCAAACAGGCCGUGGACUAUUUUAUCUCCGUCCGUCUCAUCAAUACUGAUCAACAAGUUAUUUACGCCAUGUUCAGUAAGGAAGGUACAAACGUCCUCAAACCAAAAGUAGAACUGCAAAUUUACAGGCCCCCAGGCGAUAAUGAGUGGUUCUAUUUGGGCACAAUAAUGACGCACAUGAUGACGUAGCGGGCACGUGAUCAAGCUUCGACGCGUUGAAGUGCAUAACAUGUAUAUUGAUCAGUCGCAUUCCCAUAUAAUAGUAUAAAUAGAGCGGUUAUUACAUAUCAACAUUUCAUUUAUACUACUAGUAUGUUAACAUAUAAUGUUGUGUAUAUUUUUGAGUCUCGCUAUGGGUAAACAAAGCUUAAUGCAUGAGCGUAAAGUGUAGUCCCUGAUUAGCCUGUGCGGAUUACACGGGCUAAUGUGGGACGUAACUUGACGCACAUGUAUUAAACCCCGUUGUUUUCCUCAGCGAGGCAUAACACUAUGUGAGAUUCCUUUCCAUGGCCAAACAGUGGUGCUUAAAAUGUUCAAAACCCGCUCAGUGGAGCAACACGGCAAUGCAGUUUCGAAUAGUCAAGUGUAGUCAAGUGCUCUAGCCAAGUGUAGUCAAGUGCUCUAGCCAAGUGGGUAUUAGUGACCAAAACUGUCGCAAUAUCGACGCGGUCGUCAAACUGUUCCCGACGAUCGUUCGAUGAAACGCAACACUAAUCUUGCCAUGACGUCAUAAUUGUCGAAAUAUCAAAGAUGUUUGAUAAUCUGUUCGUCAUUAUUUAAGUUAUUAAAUUAUCAAUGUUCAAUCAACAAUUAUUAAACUAAGAUUAAUCAUCAUCGUUGUGUUUAAGACAAGGCUUGUUACACGUAUAAGGACAUAACCUCUUCUAUCCCUUCAUCGGUGUUACGUUUUACUUGUCAAUCAAAAACUUAUUAAUUGUUCGACUCUCGGUUAAAAUAGCAAGUUUUUAAUUGUAUUACUCUAUUGUGCUUUAUUUUUAAUAGUAUUUUUUCAUAUCGUAAUUACUCUUAUUCACUUUUAUCUUUUUAUAAUUUUUUUUAUAUAUUUAUAAACAGUUAUGUUUACCGACAUUUUUGUUUGAAAAAUUGUAAAUUUUAAUUUUGUUAAUGAUUUUCUUAUGCAUUUACAUGUAAAUAUAAUUUAUUUUAUAUCACACAUUUGUCAGGUUAUGAAUAGUCAUUUGGUUUCGAGUAUUUCCUUCAUUUAACAACAAAGUAUUGUUGAUAAUGAAAUUACAUAACUUUUUAUAGUCUCAUUAUUUUAUGUUUGUUAUACAAAAAUAUGGUAUUUUAUAAUAAUAUACAUUUUCUCAGA